AUGGAAUCCAUAAAUGUGGUGGUUGAUGAUGAACACAAACAAGCAGAUGUCACAUAUGAUGUUGGAACAUUCUGGGAACACGCAGCUGAAGAAUCUAAGAAAGAAGAUGAUUGCAGCCCCACUAUUGCAAAAGCUGAAGCUGAACCCUCUAACAAAGGACCAUCUAUAAGAGUUCAAAAAGAUCAUCCUAGUGAACUUAUUAUAGGAGAUCCCAACAGUGGAGUUGUUACAAGGUCAAGUGAACAGAGCAAGUAUGCCAAAAACAUUGUCAAAAAAUUUGGGAUGGAGAAUGCUAGUCACAAAAGAACACCUGCACCUACUCAUUUAAAAUUGUCCAAAGAUGAAAAGGGCACAAAUGUUGAUCAAAGCUUGUAUAGAAGCAUGAUAGGAAGCCUGCUGUAUCUCACAGCUAGUAGGCCUGAUAUUGCUUUUGCUGUUGGGACCUCUCCCUCAAAGAACACUACUCCUCGCUCUGAAACUGCAUCCGACUCUAGGGCACCAAAUAUGGUAGGUGAUCAGGAUGUUGUACUGGAUGUUGUGCCAUUGAACUCGGUCCCAGCCAUUGAUCCUGUUGGUAGUAUACCAAGAAAGAUGCAUGCAAGAAAAUCAACUGGUGGGUCUAUUCCAGAAACGGUCUCUGCUAGGGAUAAAGAAGGGACUGCUUAUGUCCACAAUGCAAUCGCAGGCCUUGUCACAAGAAUCUCGAAUGAAGGUCACAAGGUAGAAGGAAUAUCUGUCCCUUUAGCCCAAGCUCCUGCUCCUGAGAACAGCAAAGAUAAUCAGGUUGAUGCUAGCAAGGAUCAUGUUGAUGUUGAGACAUCUGAAACCAACAAUGUUGAAGGCUCUGAUGCUAAAGAUGUUGAAGCAUCUGAAGAUAAAGAUGCGGAGAUUCUUGAAACAGAGAAACCUGAAGAGGUCACUGCUACUUCUCCUAAAGAGAAGGCUACUCGCCCUACUGACAAUACAAAUGAUGUGGUGGAUCUGGAUAAUCUUGAUGAUCCUAUUGACAUUGCUGAUGAUGACCUCAUCUCCAGCAUUUCCAACAGAGUCAAGGCUCGAAGGGGAAAACAGGUUGAUGAUCAACAUCCUCCCAAGACAAAGGUUGCUCCUCUAAAGAAUGCCACCAAAGAAAAGAUCAAGAAGGUCUCUGCUGAGUCUUCAAGAACUGGGAGCAAGGUUGCUGUGAAGAAGAGAAAAGAAAGAAGUGUUUCUGACUCCGAAGACAAUGUCCUAAGUGAUGUCCCUGACAUCCCUUCAAAGAAGAAGAUUGCUGUCACAAAAUCCUCCACAAAGGCCCGUGAUGUUCCCUUGGACAACAUUUAUCUGCACUAUGCUUCAAAUGCUAUCCAGUGGAAGUUUGUUUAUCAAAGAAGGCUGGCUCUGGAAAGAGAACUUGCAAAUGAUGCUCUGGAAUGUCAAGAGGUCAUGAAGCUCAUCAAAUCUGCAGGUUUGCUUAAAACUGUUACUCAUUUUUCUAAAUGCUAUGAAAUGCUCGUGAAGGAAUUUAUAGUGAAUUUGUCUCAAGAUUGUGCUGAUGGAAGAACUGAGGAUUUUCAUAAGGUGUAUGUUAGAAGAAAGUGUAUAGAUUUUUCCCCUACUGUUAUCAAUCUCUAUCUAGGUAGAGAUGCUGAGGCUCAACCUGAGCUUGAAGUAACUGACAAUGAAGUAUGCAAAGUUAUCACUGGUGGUAAGGUUAAGAAAUGGCCCAUAAAGAGUAAAUUGUCUGCUAGUCUUUUGAAUGUCAGAUGA